AUAGAAGGGUUUGGAAAUUGGGGAUUGGCCGUCUCCUUGCUCUGAAAUUCUGAAAACAGUAGAGUAUGGCCCCCCACUCAAUUUUCAGCAAGAGCCUCAGAUUUUGUCGUAUGUUUUACAGAAAUGGGCAUCCAGUCGGGGGAAUGGCUUCGCAUUUUGGUCCUCAAAAGCAGUUGUUUUGUACAAGAGUCACCGGCAGGUCCGAAAUCCCAGCUGGCCAAGAUGAUUCUACAGUCUCCUACCUGGUUAACUCGUGUGAGUUGUCCCCAGAAUCCGCUACCCUAGUAUCCCACGAGGUGAAGCUUCAUUCUUUAGAGAAACCAGACUCCGUUUUAGCGCUUUUGAAACACUAUGAAUUCUCGGAGGCCCAGAUUUCAAAGGUUGUGCGGAGACUCCCACAUAUUCUUUUGGCCGAUGUGGAGCAAACCCUUUUGCCAAACCUCGAGUUUUACUGCUCCAUAGGAAUGUCAAGGCUCCACCUUGCAAGAACACUGAGCUACAACCCAUGGCUCAUGAGUCUAAGCUUGAAAAACCAUAUUGUACCUACUUAUAGCUUCUUCAAGAGCGUGGUGCUCUCUGAUGUCAAAGUGAUCCAUAUUUUGAAGCACAAGUCCUGGAUUUUCAGGGAAAAUUUAUCCAAGAAUUUGAUACCCAAUAUUGAGCUUGUGAGAGAAUUGGGCAUUCCCCAUUCCUGUAUUGCACUCUUGCUAACUAGUUAUACUGAUGUAGUGAUGAAAAAGCCUGAAUUGUUCAGUCAACUUGUGCAUCAAGUCACAGAAAUGGGAUUUGACCCUCAAAAUUUGAGCUUUGUGCAGGCCAUACACGCAUUAUAUGGGAAAGAGACGACAUGGAAACGAUGUCAAGAGGUUUAUAGGAGGUGGGGUUGGUCUGAGAAUCAUAUACGUUCUGCUUUCAGGGUGUCUCCACUGUGUAUGGUUAUGUCAGAGAAGAAACUAAUGGGAACAAUGGAUUUCUUAGUGAACAAGAUGGGGUGGCAGUCACAAACAAUUGCGAAAUAUCCCCAUGUUUUGAGUUACAGCUUGCAGAAGAGAUUCAUCCCGAGGUUUUCAGUUGUUCGAGUUUUGUUUUUGAAAGGAUUGAUAGAAGAGGAGAACUUGAGUUUGGCUACUGGGAUUUCGAGGUCAGAUAAGUACUUCUUGGAUAGGUUUGUGAACAGAUAUCUCAGCCAAGUACCUCAAUUGUUGGAUGUGUACCGUGGAAAAGUAGAUAUCCAGGAUGUUGAGGAAGACGAUGAAACUCUUUCAAGAGCUAGCCACUGUUACAUGAAGCCCACAAUGUUCACCACGGAUCAUCCAUCAUGUGAUACGGAAACAGCCGGAAUCACUUUGCUACCACUUCUACCUAUUCAAGUCCUCUGCCAACAUACCGCAAAUUUUUAUUUUUGGUCAAAUUAUACUUGCAAAUUGAGGUGGCAGUCAGAAACAAUUGCAAAAUAUCCCAAUGUUCUUUAUUUCAGCUUGGAGAAGAGAAUCAUCCCGAGGUGUUUGGUUGCUAAAGUUUUGUUUUUGAAAAGAUUAAUAAAUGAGGAGAAGUUGAGUUUGGCUACUGUUUUAUCGAAUUUAGAGAAGUACUUCUCGACUAUGUUUGUGAGCAGAUAUCUGAAACCAAGUACUUCAAUUGUUGAAAGGGAAAGUGGAUUUUCAGGAUGUGUGAUCUUGGCAACAUUUUAACAGUUCUAGGGUGAUAAUGUUGUAUAGGUGCUACUGGGUUUAUCAAAAUUUAUUCAGAGUGCUGUUUACUCUUUUGAUUGCUAGGAAAAAUUAUCACUUCUAAUAAUCAUUGUCUCAAUGUGGAUUUGGAAAACAAGUUUCUGAUUUUUCUUUUUCGUGUCAUGUUACAUCAACUAUCAUGAACAAUGAAGAUAUUUGAUCCGUAGCUAUUGAA